CCGGUAGUUAUUACAAAAUGUUGAAGCGCGUAAUUAGUUGACCCGGAAGUAGCUCGAUCCACGCGAGUCUGGCAGAAUCGUUCCAGAUACGAAGGUACCCGGUGGAGACGACAGAAAUACGAUCUGAGAGAACCGUUUUUAUAAAUCAGCAACAAUGAGUCUGUUAACAAAGCCCAAGUCGGAGAUGACCCCAGAGGAGCUCCAGAAACGAGAGGAAGAGGAGUUCAACACUGGCCCUCUGUCUGUGCUCACGCAGUCAGUCAAGAACAACACUCAGGUCCUCAUUAACUGUCGCAACAACAAGAAGCUGCUCGGAAGAGUCAAGGCUUUUGACAGGCACUGCAACAUGGUCUUGGAGAAUGUGAAGGAGAUGUGGACAGAAGUUCCCAAGAGCGGGAAGGGAAAGAAGAAGUCUAAGCCCGUGAAUAAGGACCGCUACAUUUCUAAAAUGUUCCUGAGGGGGGACUCUGUUAUCAUCGUGCUGAGAAAUCCUCUGAUCACAGGAAAAUGAACUCUUUAUAGGCGCCCAGCUGAACCAGUCACAGGGCCUGUUUCUUAUCUUUGUUUUCUUUUGUUGAAUGAUUUGAGGGCAGUGGCAGUGGACUGCCAUUAAUGGAAGUGUAUUUGUUUUGUUGUUGCAGUCACUAUUGGGUAAGAUACAUAGUGACAAAAUGUCUGUACUCUUUGGAGAGCCAUUCAGGCACAAGAAUACCUGGUUUUGCAUUGUCAACAGAAGUCUUCUGUAUUUUUCAUUUUAGUAAUAAAAGCGAUGACUAGA